CUAGUUCAGCUACAGUCAACUCGACUCGGUCAUGCAUGACGGAUGUUCUGGAUGCGUCUGUUCUUGUCGGAAAGUUCUCCUUCAACUCAGCGCCUUUAGGUCGGAUGCGACGAUGAGCAAACCUGCGUACGAAGACCUACAAGCCAUUGCGUCCGAGGAUGAAGCAGCUGGAGAUUACAGUCGACUCACGUCUGAAGCUCUUGCACUAGCCGAUCAGCUAGAUGCGAACGGAGCGGUGUGCUCGACGGGAAUGAACGACUGGGGAGCGCCGAAUAUUGUCUUGUCGGAUGAAGCGGAAGGCGUAUUUAAACGUCAUCACUACGCUCGGUCUCUCAGUGUCGCCGCAGAUGCUACGUGAGCUGCAGGUGGCUGUAGAGAGGAAAGAAGAGUGCGUCUCGCGCUGGAAAAUCGGCAUUCUGCUUCGACCUUUCAAGUUCCAGAACGUCAAGGACAGCCUCGACUACUCGU